AAACUCCUGGUAUUCAAAUGUGCGGAGGCGGGACCCGCCGCACCUUAUAAGAAGGCUGCGUCCGGACAUCUGCAGUGUUUGCGCGCCGCUGCUCCUCCGUGCGUCACAGGCAGACCGAGGCCCGCGCGGCCACAGGAAGAAACGGGCCACGAGCAGAAGAAGUGAAGAGCAAAACAAGAUCAAGGUUUCCAAACAUGGAUGACUAACACUUUUAUUGACUCACCUGCAGGAACACGCAGACGCAUUUCUGCUGAGAACGAACGGAACCAACUUUUUCUCUGGAUUUUUUUUCUCUGCUGAGGAUUUUUCCUUUUUUGGGUUGAUUUUUCCCAAAGAUCUUCUCAGAGAUAAAAACGAUUCUUCUUCACAGACUUGAGUUGGGGAUGUUGAGCUCUGUGAAGAUGGAAGCGCACGAUUUACCCGAAUGGAAUACAACUUUCUACAGCGAGGCCAGCGAGAUGUAUUCCUCCCCCGGCGCCGGCGGGCUGGGCUCCAUGGGCUCCCUCAACAGCUACAUCAACCUGAACGCCGCCGCCUCCCCCACCGCCAUGAACAUGCCCUACCCCAGCUCCAGCCUCAGCAGCUCCUCUCUGGCCCCCAUGGGCUCAGGGCCCAACCACAUGUCCCUGUCCCCCGUGGCCUCCUCGCUCAGCUCCGGCUCCCUGACCCAGCUGGGCCCUGCCGCUCCGGGCUCGCUGGGCCCCCUGUCCCACUACCAAAACGUGGGUCAGUCCAUGAGCCAGCUGGGAUACCCGUCCACCGGCUCCCUGAGCCGCUCCAGCCCCAAGGAGAUCCCCCCGAAGCCCUACCGGCGUUCCCUGACCCACGCCAAGCCGCCUUACUCCUACAUCUCCCUCAUCACCAUGGCGAUCCAGCAGAGCGGCAGCAAGAUGCUGACCCUCAACGAGAUCUACCAGUGGAUCAUGGACCUGUUCCCGUACUACCGCGAGAACCAGCAGCGCUGGCAGAACUCCAUCCGCCACUCGCUGUCCUUCAACGACUGCUUCGUGAAGGUGGCCCGCUCGCCGGACAAGCCGGGCAAAGGCUCCUACUGGACCCUGCACCCGCAGUCCGGCAACAUGUUCGAGAACGGCUGCUACCUGAGGCGCCAGAAGCGCUUCAAGAUCGAGGACAAGGCCUCCAAGAAGGGGGGCAAGAACCAGGAGGGGGGCUCCGGCAAGGGGAGCCACUCCGGGGACCACCUGGUGGAGAACCACAGCCCCGCCGGCGGGUCGGAGGGGCCUGACUCCGCCCACUCAGACAACUCCCACCCGGGCUCGUCGGACGACCAGCCCCAUCAGAGGAACAGCCUGGUGCCUCUGGACUGCCCCCAGCUGUCGUCCUCGCACCUCCACAGCCCACCUGUCUCCCUGCCCCCCUCCUCCUCCUCCCUGUCCCUCUCCGGGACCUCCUCCUCCAACCCGCUCCUCCACCCGCAGUCCUUAGCCAGCAGCUCCCACCUCCUCCCCAGCCCCAUGCAGCAGCACAUGGACCUACAGAGCGACCUGAAGUCCCUGGACCCCCACUACAACUUCAACCACCCCUUCUCCAUCACCAACCUCAUGUCCAACGAGCAGAAGAUGGACCUCAAGUCCUACCAGGACCAGGUGAUGGCCUACAACAGCUACACCGCCGGCUCCCCGGUGGGGGCCAAGCAGAUCUACGACAGCCCGGGCCCCGCCGCCAUGGACUCAGGCGCUUACUACCAAACUCUGUACAGCCGCUCCGUGCUCAACGCCUCCUAAAGGGACUCACAUGCGCACGUACACACACACACGUCUGUUUCUGCUCUAAAAUGGACCCCCCGUCCCCGCCCCCCGCCUGGCUCUCGUCCAGCGGCCUUCACAGGACUCAUCUGAGAUGGCGGCCGCGUUUUUUUACCUCCUGGUUUGGGGGCCGGCCGAACCCAUGAAGAGGACUCCUCUGUGUGAGUCGGCCCCAUCCUGACUUUGUACAGAAUGUAAAUACAGGAACCGUGUGUGUGAGGGGGGGCGGGGGGACGUUUGCAUUUAUUUAUGGAGGGAAUAAAUUUUAAUAUAUCUUAUGAAGCGCUCUGUCCGCCGGUUACAACCCAAAUGUGAGUUUUUAUCAGACUUUCUUCACCGUUUAAUGUCUUUAACCUAAAGGAGCUCAAACGUUGAAAACAAAAACGCCUUUAGUUCACAAACGUGUAUUACCCUGUAGCACCACAUAAUGUUGCCAUAGCAACGUCAUUCAAAAAGUGAGAAAAAUAUAGUUUUAGCAGAGAAAGAGAAAAGACUAAACUAGCCUUUGCAUGAUAUCAAGAUUUUAACCAAAAUAAGCACAAAUAAAUCUUCUUAUAAAAGUUCUCAUCAAAACAUAAUUGUUUUACAUCGCCAUGGCAACAAACAAAAUCGUUGAUCUUGUAGCUUGAGAAAAAUAAAACUCCCUUAAAUAAUAAUUAAAAAAAAAAAACACCCCAAGGCGUUGGUUUGGAAAUAAUUUAGUUGUUUUGGUGUGAAACCUUCCUUGUGAAUAAUAUAAGACAAAUCAUCUUUGACUCCGCCCUCAGGAAUGUAUGUUGCCGUGGCAACAGUGCCAAACACUGAAAGGCGUUCAAUCCUACUUUUGUUUGUGUGUCUAAACCAAAAGAAAAACGUUACCAAACUGCCUGUUCUAAGCUGAAUGUGCCAGUUACUGUUAUGUCAGACGUAUAGGCUCUGGAAGCCCAAAAACAAUCAGUUGCUAAGUAAAAAAUUAAACUAACUUUGACGCAGGAACACAAAAGUUGCUACAAACAUUUAUCAGCCCGAGACAUGAAAAAAACUCAAUGGUUGCUAUGGACUAUGUGCUUCAUGGACGCUGUUAUUUAGACCCACAUGUUACGUCGAAGCCUUUCUAACGAUGAGUGCAAUGAAAACCUGAAACCAGAAGGAGCUUCAGCUGUUGUUAGUGGGCGGAGGGCCACUUUAUGCCUCCUGCAGCUUUUAUUUAACCCCAAACGGACGUGUUUCAGGUUACUUUUCUUGCAGGUGUUACUGACAGACAGUCGAGCUCAUCAUUUGUGUUACAGUCAAAGAAAAAAGUUUUUCUGAUUAAUUUGCUUUUUUUUUCUCUGUUGUCUUUCGCCAUUCUCAUCUUUUGUUGCCGGGCGGAAAGAGAAAAAGCUACUGUGGUAAAAAUGUUUAAAAAAACGUUUGGUUUGUUCCCAAAGCGUUUCCUGCUGUGGCUGGAGAGCCGGAGCUCGUCGGUUACUCAGACAUCAGAAGGGAGGAGAGCUGCACUAUGGAAGGAUUUACAUACAGUACUUUGCACUAUGGAGCUCCCACAGGCCAGGUGGGCUGAUAGUGUGUGUGUUUGUGUGUGCGUUUUGGUGUGUGUUACAACAAUGCUUGGGACCCUCACAUUGUCAAUGCGUCGACUCAAUGGGAUCAGGGUUUAAAUGACCCCCACCCUCAAAAAAGUGCCUUUUCUUCAAACCGACGGCUGAUCUGAUCAGAGAUCAACGCUAUCGACCAUCCGCUGAAGGAUUAUUCUGAUCAACCGCAGGUCACAUGACGUCCUUUGUGGAAGAUUUCUGAGCUUCAGAGAGAAAUGUCUUAUUUAAGGUGUGUUGCUUUUCACACUGAAUGUGUGCUGAUAUAAUAUAUUGUGUUUUGGUUAUUUUUCUGUUGGUUGAAAUGUGAUUGAAAUGAUUCUGUUUCUUUUUUUCUUAUUAAAAAGGCAUAAAAUGUGGGGAAGAAA